CCUGCAGCCCGGAGGAGAUGAGGGACGCGGCGGCCCGCGUGGCGGAGAUCGAGGAGGCCAAAGAGGAGCUGUUCGACAAGGUGCAUGGCAUGGUUACCACCUACGAUGUUCCGCGCAGGAUGAGUCGCAAGUACAUGCUUCUCAUGCAGCGCCUCUCCUCGCAAAUCAACCCUAGACCCCAAGACCCAAUCUGGCGUUUCUGUCGACGCCAUGAAAGACGCAAUACUUACUACAAGUUUCUGGGGGCAUGUACGUCUGGCCUUUUGACUGGAGUUGGCAUCGGCUUGCUCGUGUUUGCUCCACCAAAAAAGUCUGUUGCCGACUGGUGGGACAAGUUACUAGUUGAAUCCACCUCUUCCACGGCAUACUAGUUGACACUGCACUAGUAUCAAAAACGCUCUUAUAUUAGUGUUAUUAUAUUAUGGGACGAAGAGACUAGCUUGUCAUGAGGAUUGUAUUAGUCAUCAUACAUAUAGCUUAGCUACUAGUUUUA